AAAAAGUUCAAAUUCAAACGGAUGAGCCUUCAUUAAAUGUAUUAAUUUACUGAAUUAUCAGAAUUGAGAUGUUUUAUUUCCGUUUAGUUUAGUGAAAUUAAAGAUGUUUUCCUGAUGUUUUUUAAAUGAUUUCCUGUUUUUGCAUUUUGAAGCGUUUUCAUGCAGCUCCUACAGAGCGGCCAUAUUUCCUGGCAGUUGAUUUUCUUUGGUUAAACGGUUUUAGAGGAAAGCGGAUCUAAGGAGUGUUUGUGGGUAAAUCAGUCAAACUGGAUCAGAACAUGAAGCCGGAGGUUUAAUCCGGAUCAGGAAUCCCUAAAUGAGUCCAGAUGUGAAACUUCAGCCGUUUGUUUAAAGAAGAUGAAGGUUGGAGGAGAAGCUCCAGGUCUCCUUCCUCCUGUGAACAGGUUGACCCUGAGCGCUCCUCCCCCUCUGCAGCCCCCUCCUCUCUGCUGCGGUAAAAUCUCCUGAGUGGCUGCAGCUCUCCCUCCAUGGGACUCUCCUCCCUCUCGCUCCUCCUCCCCCCUCCCCUGCAUCCCCCUCCUUAGCAGGGAUCCUCAGAGCGGAGCCGGAGCGCAGAGAGGAAAAGUCCCUGCUGAUCUCCAGCUGCAGAGUUCCUGGAUUCCUUGUGUGCCGCCGCUCUGAGCCGUUCCCUCCAUCCAGCUGCCAGGCGUAGAAACAUGGACGUGUUUAAGAGCCGCCUGCUGGGGAUCUCUGUGGCCGUGGCGCACGGCGUUUUCUCCGGUUCCCUCAACAUCCUGCUAAAGUUCCUCAUCAGCAACUACCACUUUGGCUUCCUGACGCUGAUCCAGUUCCUGACCAGCGUCACGGCGGCGCUCACCCUGGAGACCCUGAGGCGGCUGGGGAAGGUCCAGAUCCCGCCAUUCAGCGUGCAGCUCUCCAAGGUAAGGAAACCUGCAGCUCCGGGCUCCCCGGGAGGUCCAGAGAACCCAGAGCUGCUCUUUUCUGGUCCAGAACACAUGUUGGAUGUGGAGAAGCUAGCGGGACUCGAGAGCAGACGGAGCAGCGGUUACUAUGGGAACAGACCCGGUUCAGGAGGUCGGUUCCAGAACCGUCUAGAUGAGGUUCAGCUCUUGUCCAUCCAUCCAUCCAUCCAUCCAUCCAUCCAUCCAUCCAUCCAUCCAUCUUCUCUCUGCUCUCCUUUACUGUCUCCAGGUGCUGGUGACCUCACAGGGGAUCUCUUUGGUUACAUCACAGGAGUCCUGGCAGUAAUCAUCCACGCCUCCUACCUGGUUCUGAUCCAGAAAACCAGUCUGGAGAGCGAGUAUGGACCUCUGACUGCGCAGUACGCCAUCGCCAUCAUGGCGUCGCCGGUUCUGCUCAUCUGCUCCGUCCUCUCCAUGGAUGCUCUCCACAUGUGGUCAUACGAGGGCUGGAAGGACCCACAUAUCACUGUCAUCUUCAUCAUCUGCAUCUUCAUCGGCUGUGCCAUGAACUUCACCACUCUGCACUGCACCUACAUCAACUCUGCAGUCACCACCAGCUUUGUGGGCGUGGUAAAGAGUGUUGCCACCAUCACCGUCGGCAUGCUGGCGUUCAAGGACGUGGCGCCCACGCGGCUGUUCAUCGGCGGCGUGGUGGUGAACACCGUUGGCUCCAUCAUCUACUGCGUGGUCAAAUACUUUGAGACCAAGAAGAAGACCUCGUACGAGGACCUGGAGAAGACGGAGAUGGACGCCUCACAGCCUGGCGACCCUUACACUGAGAAACCGCCGGUGAACGGCGAAGGGCCCACCUCUGCUUCUGAUCUGGGUCAGCAGGAGACAGGUGACCAGGGAGAAGAGGAGACCCCCUAUCUACCGAAUGGAGCGUUGCCGGUGGGAGAGGCGGGAGGAGGCCUGAAGCAGGUGGUGAUGACCGAACGAGAUGUGGUGGAGAUGCAGAGGGAGCACAUCCACAAGGAGAACGCUGCGUCCGCUCAGGCUUCCUCCGAUGGCUUGGGAGGGGUGCUGCGCUCCAUCAGAAGUCUGCAGUUUACAAAGAAAGACAACCUGCUCGAUAACAUAGAGCUUCAGAGUCCAUAAUGGCGGACUUGGAACCCAAACAGGAACUAGAGAAGACACGAACACUUCGGCGGAGGAGGAAGGACCGGAGGAGGCUCCUUCAUUAGCAUCAGCUGGUUUACAAAUGCUUGUUGGACUCACUGGCUGCUGUCGCUGCGUUUCCUCAAGCUGGAGAGUUCCUGAGCCAGACGUAAAGAACCAGGAAGCAGAGGCGGGUUUUCUUCAUAGUUCCCAUUAAAAAGGUUCCAGGUAGAGACGGCUGGGGGGGGGCUGCUUUGGGGUCCCUUCAGCUUCUCGUUGCCUCGGCAUGCAGAGGGGGCAGCGCGGAGGCGCCGCAGCAUGAUGCGGUCUGGAUCCCAGCCGAUGAUGCUGAUCUGUUUGUGCUUUGGGACCUGGAUGGUGUGAAGGUUGCUGUUUGUUCACUGUUUACGAUUUUCUACGCUUCCAUGUCGUCAUCGUCAGGUCAUCACUGAGGGAACUGUUCGAAUGCGUCGGCCAUGAUGGCGCUGAGUGUUAGUUGGUGUUCUGUGGAUCACCUGGUUCUCGGGGGGGAUCAUUGGUGCAAUGUUUACUCACCUAAAGGAGCUUAAACUGUCAGCCUGCAGGUGGAGGUCUUUGGUUUUUAUUAUUGUUUUCUUCCUCUGUUCUAAUCUCAUGUAUUUUCAACCUGAAUGCCAAAAAAAAGCUUUUUAAUUGUUUUCAGUGUUUAUAAAGCUGGGUGGAGAACAGAAUGGCUCUGAUGUCUCCACAGCUACAGCAGCGGUUUAAAGAGAACUGCUGCCGUUCUAAAGGAAAAGUCGCUCAGAUUCAGAAACCAAACGUCUGAAAGUUCUUUAAAUCUGAAAUGAUUCCAUCCUGUUCAAUAAAUGAUCAGUGUUUUUAA